AUGCCGUUUGGAAAAUUAUUCAAAGGCAGAUCAUCGUCGGCAUCUCAUUUUUCCGACAACUACCGAACCGCCAUCCAAGAAGAUUUGCCAUCCAAAUGGAUCUUUCAUGGAGUCGAAUUGAACAAUGAUAUAACGGGAGCGCCAGUGGAAGAACUUGUGUUGCUGGCGCUGAUAAUUUUCUUCUUACUCUUCAAGAACAAAAUCCUUGGAAGAGAAAGGGGAAACAAUUAUGCAGUGUGGGCAACGGUCCUGGCCAUUUCGUAUCCACUGAUGAAUGUCAUUUGGAUUCCAUUAUUGUCGACCAUUCUAUACACUCGGACCUCUUACCCGUAUAUGAUUGUCAUUUCCCACUGCAUCGUGGCCUCUUGUGCCUACCGAAAUGAAUUGGAACAACGGUCGUUGAGAUACCAAUUUCGAAAGAAACCACGAGACGAUACGAACGGAGAAUCCAUGCAAAAAGUGAAACCACGAGUACAUCCGAUAUCUUCCUUUACUUGGACCUUUUUGUGUUAUGGUUUUGGUGGAUCCAUUGUAUCGGAUUGGUUGUUGGGACUGCCGAUCACGGCAUUGGGACACCCACGGAUUCUAGCCUGUCAUACCAUAUGUUACAUGCUAGUUUGGUAUUGUCCAUACGAUUGGUGUUAUCAAGAAUACAUGGAUCCGACAUCCUUUUGGCGAUAUUUCUUGAACCUUUGGGAAGCGGUGGACGGGAUUACCACACCACCCGGUAGAAUUGGUCGAGCGUCCCGCGAGUUGAAGAAUCAAGUGACGGCGCCCCUGAUGGGUGGAAUGUUGGCGGGCGUCGGUGGUAGUUGGAUCCGUUACGGGGAACGAAGCAUGAUCCAAGGAUUGAAACCAGAAGAUCCUAUCAGUGGGCCUAGUAUCAGUGCCAUGGAAGUUGGAUUUUGGAAUACAUUUCUUCAUUCGGUAUUGUGGUGGUAUUUUGCCGUCUUUUCCUGCAACAUGGGUUGGUACGAGAAUAUUGGCAAUGAAUUGCGUGAGCAUCAUUGCGCAUCCUAUUCCGGGACGGACAAUCUUCGAUUUGGAUUGGUCAUGACGGCCAUAAUAUGGACCACGUUGAAGCAUACUGGAUUGGUUUCGAGUUCCAUGAAGCAUCCCUUUGUCUGGUUCGGACAAGAUGCGAUUGCACCCACUUGGAACAAGCUCACUCAAUUGCUAUCGUUAGGCCCGCAAUAUGACGCUGCCAUGACUACAUUGGACGAUCAUGAGGAUCCAUCAGAACAGGAAAGUGGUGGAAACGACGUCUUCAAAGCUCUCAAGAAAGAAUAG